CAGUUAUCGAGUGGCUAGUCGUCGUCGACUGUUUCGUCAACUUCCCAAAGCAUUAGUCUUUUCGAGAGAAUCCUGUAUGCGCACUACGAUACCCUCUCUCGUUUUGCUCGAAACGCGGUCUGAAUAUACUAGUAAUUACGGUAAUCGUCACCCGGAAGUUUAAGACGGGGGUCAACUUAGCGUAAUCAGCGCCAUUACAGGACCUUGCUUGGAGUGAAAGACACACACACACUACUGGCAGAAUGGGCCGCCACUUUGGAGACCUGGCCAGGGUGCGGCACAUCAUCACCUACAGCCUGUCCCCUUUCGAGCAGAGGGCCUUCGCCAACUACUUCUCCAAGGGAAUCCCCAACGUGUGGAGACGAUUCCGAUCCAACGUGUUCAAAGUCGCGCCGCCAAUGGUGGCAGCGUACUUAACCUACACCUGGGGCAAUCAUGUCCAUGAACAAAGCAAACGGAAGGACCCCACACAGUUUGAGAAGGAUGAGUGAAGUCUGGCACCACCUCUUCUUUUUUCCACUUAUCAGAUGUCACCUCAUUUUCACCAAUAAAGGAAAUCAGCUUAUUGUUGUUUAUGUUUAGGUACAGAUGUGUGGCUAAAUUUAUGGGAAAUGGAUUUUUGUCCAGUGUGUUGAUGCAUUCACUGUACAAGAAAAAUCCAUCAAGGCUUAUACAUGUAAACAGCACUACACUUUGAUGUGUUUAGUGACCUGUACAUAAAGGUGUCAAAGGAUGAGACAGAGGCAGUUGUUAAACAAAAAUGAAUUUUACUGUACAAAAUGUCAGAUUUACCAAACAUUUUUGUGCCAUUUUAUUAAAAUACAGUGU